GUAUCUUAUUAUCCAGAACAAAAAAUGGCCUUUGUUGCGCGCUCGUCGACCUCUGUAAAGAUCAGGGGAAUGUACACGUCCGCUGAUGGUGAGCCACACAAAGACUUUACACGCCUGCCGCGGUGGGAUCUCGACGCGAUCCGGAGACUUCUCCCAGAACAUUUACAGUAUCCAUGUUUAUUUAAUGUUUGUUUCAUGAUCGGUAGAUUAGACGACGAUUUUGUGGUGUAAUGAGUCCAGUGGAAAUGAUAAUGAAUAUAUACAUUCAUAAUAUGAAUAAAAAUCUUCCUUCAGUUUCACCGCGGACAUGGAUUUUGAUGAAAGACGAGAAGAAAUGAGCCGGCUCUACAGCAGGAUGGGAUGGAAGAUGAUCGGCGAUCCUCUUGAGCCAUAUUUGUAUAUAGUCGACAAUGGUCAAGGUUCGUAUGAUCUGAUGGUGAAUAUCUCUGGGAAACCUGUGACGGCUGUGAACGCUCAAAAGUACAGCUUACCUGUAAUUUCGUCGAAGACUAAAACAUUAUGCCUCACUCUAAUCCAUCUUUCUAAAAUUUCUUAGGCCUAUCAUAUAAGGCCAUAUAGGUCUAAGAAGAUUCUGGUGAUGGAUAAGGGUUAGCUCUAAACAAAGAACCCAGGACGCCAUGCACGAGUCGCAAAUCAAGGAGUAAAACGAGGAAGGAAAAGCAAGCAGAGGAUAACAUGCGUAGGAGUCAGUUUUUAGCUGGGAAGAAGAGGGAGGACAUUCGGAAAGAGAGAGGAUGCAGCUCCGAUGAUUGGGAUAUUUAA